CAGUAUGUGCGGCUGUGCGCACCGUUCUCUCGUCCCGUCUCUCUAUACUCUAGAGUGACAUAGUCUACACAUAAUAUUCAGGAAGAGAAGAAGGAAGACGAAACGUUAGCAAGUAUUAGCAAGGAAGAAAGGUUCGUUCUGUGAAAGUUCGGAUUCACAUUUCACACCGGUGGGUUUUGUGGGUAGGAGAGAGUAGAGUAGAUGACAAUAGACGACGAGAAUUCGAUCUAUGUGGGCGGAUUACCUUACGAUUCCACUGAGGAAACCCUUCGCGAGGCCUUCCAUUAUUAUGGCUCCGUCGUUGCCGUUAAGAUAAUUAAUGAUCGUGAAGUUGGUGGAAAAUGCUACGGCUUUGUUACUUUUACAAAUCCUAAGUCUGCUGAUAAUGCCAUCCAUGAAAUGAAUGGCAGGACCAUUGGUGGUCGGGUCAUAAGAGUAAAUGAAGUAAGGGCCCGAGGUGGAAGACCAAAUUUUCAUCGUGAAAAUUUCCGUCGGGAUUCUGAGAGAGAUGCAGAGUGGGACAGAGGCAGAGAUCGAGACAGGAAUUAUGAUCAUGACAGGGACCGUUAUCAUGAUCGAUACAAUGAUCGGUCUCGAGAUCGUGAUCGGGAAAGAGAAUAUGAACGUUCACGUGAUCAUGAUCGAACAAGAGACCGUUUCUUGGAUCUUGAUCGAGACCGAGAACUGGAAGACAAUGAACAGAAGCGUAACAGGAGCCGUGAUCGUGAUUGGGAUAGGGAUCAUGAUCUAGACCAGGACCAUGAUAGGGAGAUAGAUGGUGAUGACCUUGAUAGAACCAAGGACACAGAUAAAGACCCGCACUCAAGGAUUCGGAAUGAUUCUCGUUUCAGUGAUCGACAUAGUAGGGAGCUAUCGUCAAACUCCAGUGAUGAUUACUAUGACCAGGUAAAGGAGCAGCUGGAUGCAUCAAAUCAAAGGCACGAAGAGCUCCAAAAGGAGAUUUCACAAAUUGAAGAGAAAAUAAAAGAGAAAGAACAGCUGGUGUCAAAUUUGCGGAAGAAAUCUCUGAAAGUGGAGGAUGCCUUGGCCACUGCGAAGAAGCUAUCUUCUCAUCGACAGAUGCAGUUGACCAAUGUAACUAAUUGCAGAGAUGUUUUCUGCAAGUAAAAGAUUAUAAUGGGAAGCUAAAAGCUAGUGAACAGGAACUUCAGGCUCUUGUUGAUGCAACAAUGAUCGAAGCUAGUAUGGGUGAUGAUGCUUCUUGAAGAAUGGCAUCCUUCACACAAAUUGCAAGGCAUGGCAUGAUAACAAUGAUCUGUGCUGAAUGAUGCAUCUAGCAGUUAUGCCUUGUAGCUGUGUGAUAUGUUGUAGAUAUCUUGAUCUUUUGGCUGAUUUUAACAUUCUUGUUCUCAGACUCUUUUAACAGCUUCUUGGAUCAGUAUGAGUGUUGAAUGUUAUAACUUGUUUUUACUUGUGAUCGCUCAAAGGAACAAAGUUCCUUUUGGUUAAUCUAAAUGAGUCCGAGGCUGAAUUUAUGGAA